CGGGCUGCGCCGGACCGAGCUGUGCUGCGAGCCCGAGCUGCCGCCUUUCCGCCGCCCCGGCGAGGGGCUCGGCGCUCGCCCCGAAGAAGGGAGCCCGGGGUCCCCGCUGGCCCGGCGGCCGGCGAGAGCCGAGAGCUGCAGCGGUCCCAGUGAAGUGACAUCACCACCUCCGUGGACAGGACAUCCUCAGGAGCCCCGCCUACAGCCACUGAUACCUUCUUCCAGGACCAGCCGGGGCGUCCAUGGGCGCCUGAGGAACGGGCGUCAGGGCGGCAGGCAAGAGCAUGGUGAGACACCAGCCCCUGCAGUACUAUGAGCCACAGCUGUGCCUCUCCUGCCUCACCGGCAUCUACGGCUGUCGCUGGAAGCGCUACCAGCGGUCCCACGAUGACACCACGCCGACUGCUUGCCUGGGACUGGACCCAUCAUGGGCUGGGGCUCACCCUUCACCCAGAGCCCUCGCAGAACCUUGUUGCUGGCCAGACGUGCAGCAGCCUUGCCCCUGCUGAAGUGGAGCAAGCUCUACGGACAGACAGCCGCUCACUGCUGCCAGCUGGGGGUCCCCUCUGUCGGGGGUGGGAUGUGGGAACGCCUCUGGUUCCUGCUCCUCACCUUCACCUUCGGCCUCACACUCACCUGGCUCUACUUCUGGUGGGAAGUGCACAAUGACUACGAUGAAUUCAACUGGUACCUCUACAACCGCAUGGGCUACUGGAGUGACUGGUCCGUGCCCAUCCUCAUGACCACAGCUGCCGCCUUCACCUACAUCGCGGGCCUCCUGGUCCUAGCACUAUGUCACAUCGCCGUGGGGCAGCAGAUGAACCUCCAUUGGCUGCACAAGAUGGGGCUGGUGGUCAUCCUGGUGUCCACAGUGGUGGCCAUGUCAGCCGUAGCCCAGCUGUGGAAGGACGAGUGGGAGGUACUGCUGAUCUCCCUGCAGGGCACGGCACCAUUCCUGCAUGUGGGGGCCCUAGCUGCCAUCACUGCGCUCUCCUGGAUCGUGGCCGGACAGUUCGCCCGUGCAGAACGGUCCUCCUCCCAGAUGGCCAUUCUCUGUAUCUUCUUUGCCGUGGUGUUUGCCUUCUACCUGGCCCCUCUCACCAUCUCCUCUCCCUGCAUCAUGGAGAAAAAGGACCUGGGCCCCAAGCCUGCCCUCAUUGGCCACCGCGGAGCCCCUAUGCUGGCCCCAGAGCAUACGCUGAUGUCCUUCCGGAAGGCCCUAGAGCAGAAGCUGUACGGGUUACAGGCUGAUGUCACCAUCAGCCUGGAUGGUGUGCCCUUCCUCAUGCAUGACAACACCCUGCGGCGAACCACCAACGUGGAGGAGGAAUUCCCAGAGCUCGCCCGCAAGCCCGCCUCUAUGCUGAACUGGACCAUCCUGCAGAGGCUCAACGCCGGCCAGUGGUUCCUGAAGACUGAUCCCUUCUGGACGGCCAGCUCCCUGUCGCCCUCUGACCACAGGGAGGCGCAGAACCAGUCCAUCUGCAGCUUAGCAGAGCUCCUGGAGCUGGCCAAGGGCAAUGCCACGCUGCUGCUCAACCUGCGUGACCCACCACGGGAGCACCCCUACCGAGGCAGCUUCCUCAACAUCACGCUGGAGGCCCUGCUGCGCUCUGGCUACCCCCAGCACCAGGUCAUGUGGCUGCCUAACAGGCAGAGGCCCUUCGUGCGGAGGGUGGCCCCUGGCUUCCAGCAGACAUCGGGCUCCAAGGAGGCGGCCACCAGCCUGCGGAGAGGCCACAUCCAGAGGCUGAACCUGCGCUACACUCAGGUGUCCCGCCAGGAGCUCAGGGACUACGCAUCCUGGAACCUGAGUGUGAACCUCUACACGGUCAAUGCACCGUGGCUCUUCUCCUUGCUGUGGUGCGCGGGGGUCCCGUCUGUCACCUCUGACAACACCCAUGUCCUGUCCCAGGUGCCUUCCCCCCUCUGGAUCAUGCCCCCAGACGAGUACUGUCUCAUGUGGGUCACCGCGGACCUGAUCUCCUUCAUGCUCAUCAUUGGCAUCUUCGUCCUCCAGAACUAUCACUUGAUCAGGUGGCGCCUAGGUGGCAUACGGAGCUACAAUCCUGAGCAGAUCAUGCUGAGUGCUGCAGUGCGUCGAACCAGCCGGGAUGUCAGCAUCAUGAAGGAGAAGCUCAUCUUCUCAGAGAUCAGCGAUGGCAUGGAGGUCUCCGAUGAGCUCUCUGUAUGUUCAGACAACAGUUACGACACGUAUGCCAACCGCGCUCCCACCCCCAUGAAUAACCGCGGGAGUGGCAGCCGCACCAAGACUCUCACAGACCGGAGUGGGUGCUAGCUGAAGACCUGUUUAUCCCAGCCUAUACCUGAGGUGGAGACCAGGGAACCCCAAAGAGCUGGCACAAGCAUGUCUGGACUGGGAGAGCUCUGGGAGCUGGCUCCACGGCCUCCCCAUCGGCUCUGGCCCUCUGUCAGCCAUGGGCUCCGCUGAGGGGGCUCCCCUCUCUCCUGAGGCCCAGCUGGGUCAGGACUCCAGCCUCGCAGAUGCCCCUGCAGGCCUGGGGCUCCUUGUGGAAAGUUUGGGGCCUGGGGCCUGGUCCUCCCCUGGAGGCCUUCCCUUGUAUCCUGAUCUGGAAGCUUUGACGAUGUUCUGGGCUGUGCCACGUCCCUGUGGCAGUUGAGAAUGUGGAUAUCCACGUGUACCCAUGUGUGUCCGUCCUCCUGUUGCUCAGAGGCAACUGACUUCUCUGCGUGUUUCCUGCCUUGAGGGCCUGGGCUGGGCCUCUGCCCCCUGCAUCUCUGUCUGUCUCAAAGCACAAGGAUUUUCAGCCCAGGAGGAAAGCCUGCGGUGGUGGAGACACUCCUCCCCGGUGCUGCGGUGGUGGAGACAUUCCUCCCCGGCCGGCCUCCUACCACCACUGGCCCUGCCCCAGGAGAGGGACCAAGCCAUGUCCCCAGGAGCAGCUGGAGAUGGCCAGAAGAGUAGGCUUCAGGCUACUUUUAUCCCUUACCUAAGUGUCCAACAGGCUUCUAGGGCAAAGUGGCACAGAGGCCCAGGAGGUCCACAGACUGACACAACCUCAGGUUUCCACAUCGGUGGCCACAGGGUAGUGGCCACCUGGGAAGGGUGGGCAUAUGGCCAAGGAAGCCUACAGCAGAGCGAGCCUGAGGGCCUUGGCCAAUAUGAUUAAAGCUGCCAUCUUGACA